AUGACUGGAAGCCAGGUAGCUGUUUUCUGGGGCCAGAGCACCGAGGAGCUCUCAGACGUGUGCGGGAGCGGCGACUACGAUGUUGUCAUCAUGGCCUUCCUGACCAGCCUGAUCCCGCCCAAGUUGAACCUGGGCAAAGAUACCGGCAGUGCAAGCACAGCGCAAUCGCAGCAAGAUGGCUGGGGAUUGUUUGAUGCCACUGUCCCUGGGGCCAGCGGGACGAGUGUUGCCAGCCAGAUUAGUGACUGCCAGAGCAAAGGCAUCAAGGUCCUGAUCUCUUUUGGCGGUACGACUGGCAUCUCAGACGCGACAUUGUCUAGCUCUGACGACGCAAAGACGGCUGCUGAUAACCUGUGGAACCUAUUUCUUGGCGGCACCAGCAUGCAAGAUCUCCGACCCUUUGGUACAGAUGUCGUCCUCGACGGUGUAGAUCUGGACAAUGAGACUGGAGACGGCAGCAAUUAUGAUACUUUCCUUUCUACCCUGACUGGGUACUUCGGCUCCGACACCUCAAAGAGCUACUAUAUCAGCGCCGACCCCAUGUGCAGCCAGGUCGACGCGGGAGACAGCACGUCCAUUCCCAAGUCCGUGAUGAAGUACAUCAACUUCAUGAACGUCCAGUUCUACAACGACGACUCAAAUGAGCUCGGCGCUUCCAACUUCGAGAGCAACAUCCAGGCCUGGGAUGCCCUCUUCAGCAGCGUCAGCCCCAGCCCCAAGCUGGUUGUCGCCAUCCCCGGCGGGAAAGGUGCCGCUGACACCACAAACUCGAACCCUGUCGACAUUCAGGAUGCGGACCAGAUCAAGAGCAGCAUCUCGACUAUCAAGGGCAUGGGCCUCAAGAACCUCGGCGGUGUGGCUAUCUGGGAUGCCGGGUACGCCGCUAACAACACUGGAUUCUCAGCGGCUGUGAAGGGUGCACUAUAA